AUGGGCGAGUCCUCUCAGGACACGCAGGCAAACUCAGGGGAUCAAGUGGAUGUGGAGGAUGAGGGCAGGGCACUCGUGGGAAGAGCUUCCCAAAGGAACGUCACCAUCCGCUGGACAAGAGAAGAGCAUGCCGCGUAUUUGAAGGGGUUGGAACGAUUCGGAACAGGUCACUGGAGCAGCAUCUCCAAGCUAUAUGUUCCCUCCCGUACGCCAGCACAAGUGGCGUCGCAUCAUCAGAAGUUUGCCAUCAGGAGCAACCUGCUUCCUGCCGAGAAGCAGAAGCCGUCCAUCCUCGACAUCACAACUCCCGCUGUGCAGAAGCUUCUGGCAGCGGAGAGAGAGAAGGAAAUCCAGCUCCAGAUGGCGCAAUGA